CAAGGGCUCUGGUGACACACGCAUGAUUUUAUUAACGGUGAAGUUAAAGCCUGAACAUGAAACUCCACUCCAUGUCAGUGUUGCUUCUUGUGCUUUGUUGUGGAGGACCAUUCACCAGAGCAAUGAAAGUUUUGGAAGUGAAAGAAGGAGAAGACCUCAAAUUCAAAUGUUCAUUUUAUACAUCGGGGCACUGGAGGGUCUUCUGUAAAAACCACUGUGAGAGAACAGAGAAUUAUUUGCUUGCUUCUUUCAUAGACAUCAGUACAGAGGGCAGAUACAGCAUUGAAUUUGAGAAGCGUCCUUCCUAUCCGGAUUUGCUGCAUGUGAAAAUCAAAAAUGUGCAAAAAUCUGAUGCAGGAUCGUACAGCUGUGCUCUGGCAACAUGGGGUGUAGAAAGGGUGCAGUUUACAUAUGUGGACAUCACAAUUUAUGUCACAAGUGCUGAUAGUUCCGGAUCUGUUCCAGGAGUCCCCGAGGGCCCCAGUGCAUCUAAAGCUCAGCAGAACCACACCCCACUGUCUGAUGUGGCGCUGUACGUAGGACUGAGCUUGAGCGCUGUGCUGAUCCUGUCAGUGACACUCACCAUACUGUACUGGAGAAAGAGAGCCAGCCCAGCACCAGAAUCUCCCCAGACCCCAGGAUAUGCUCAGCUACUGAAGGCUAGGCUGCUGACAGCUCCAGUAGUUACAUGCUCCACCUCCCAGUGCCCCCUGUGAACUUAAGAAGCUCCUCUGUACUGCACUGUCGCUCUACCACAGAAAUAAUGGUGUAAUCACUGUUUUAGACACUGUUUUGCUUCAUGUGAUGGUUUGUAUUAGGUUUCAU